AUGGCGGCGGCUGCGGAGGAGGCGGAGGCGCGCUUCCUGCCCUUCCUGCAGCCCAUCCGCGACCUCACCAAGAACUGGGAGGUGGACGUGGCCGCCCAGCUGGGCGAGUACCUGGAGGAGCUCGAGCAGAUAUGCAUUUCGUUUGAUGGCGGCAGAACCACCAUGAACUUCAUAGAGGCGGCGCUGCUGAUCCAAGGCUCCGCCUGCAUCUACAGCAAGAAGGUGGAGUAUCUCUACUCUUUGGUUUACCAGGCGCUCGACUUCAUCUCCAAUAAGAAGCGGGAGAAGCAGCCAGCGUCUGUGGGAGAAGAUGGAGCGGAUGCGGAUGUCAGUGCCGAUCCCGAAUCAGAAGAGGAAAGGUUCCUGUCCUUGGACGACAUCCAAGAGAGCAGCAGAGCAUGCACGGACCUGAGGGAGAACCAUCGGCACAGUGCUGUCAGCAUCGUCCCCUUGACGCCGAUGGCCCUCGUGCCCCCAGAAGAGGCAGAAAAGAAGGACAACCCCCUGUUCAGCCGGAAAGGGGAGAUCUUGGCGAGCCGGAAGGAUUUCACGAUGAACACCUGCACCCCCCAUGCCAACGGGGCCUUCAUGGUGGAGCUGGCAGGACUUUCGCCCACUCAGUGCCCACCGGGGAGGAACGGCGAAUGGGGCAGCGGCGGCAACUCUGAGAUGCUGGACCCCUGGCGCAGCCUCGACCCCUUCAGUUCCUUGGAUAACAAGCCCCUGAAGAAAGGGAAGCCGUUCACAGUGCCCCGGAGCCUGGACGACCUGCCGGGCACCAAGCGGAAGAGGAGGAGGUCCAGCAAGCUGCAGGAGUUCACAAAGUGGUUCUCGGCCACAGAGCACGACAGAGCCGGCAUCCAGAAGAGCAAGAAGAAAGGCCCCACGUUUGCUGAUCUGGAAAUCCUCUACUGGAAGCACGUGAAGGAACGGCUGGCUGCCCAGCGGAAGCUGCAGAGGCGGAUGGUAAUUGCGGCGGUGGGGAGGCCGGCUGGCUCGAGACGGGGAGCCCCUUCCUUUCCGGGCAGGGCCGGGGUACGGGAAACAGCGGUGCCCAUGGGAGAAGGGGGUGCGCCCAGCCCAGCCCUGGGUGCUGCUCCUGGGCACCCUUCUCAUCUGACGGCUUGUCGGCGCCCAAGCGAGAUGAGACGGUAUGAUUAUGUGGAGCACGAUGACAUCCCCGCGCCGGGAGCUGCAGAGGAGGAGGAGGCGCCAGAGGCCGUGAUAGGUCUCAACGAAGUCCCCGACUGCCUGAGUUACGAGGAACUGGUGCGGAAGAACGUGCCCGGCCGGGGGUUCAUGGCCCACUCCCAAAAGUAUGUUCGAGAGACGAUGCUGUCGCAGCGCAUCCGGGACUGGGAGGAGAAGAUGGGGCCGCAGCUGGAGGAGCAGGAAGCCCAGGGACCCUUCGACAUCCACAGCUACGGGGACCGCUUGGUCUCCCGCCUGGGCCAGGUGGGCGAGUGGCGUUCCUUCGCCAGCCUGGUGGCCGGGGAGCCCGCCUUCGAGGUGUGUCGCUGCCUGCUGGCCUCCCUGCAGCUGGCCAACGAUUACACCGUCGAACUCUCCCAGCGGCCCGGCCUGGAGGAGUCGGUGGACACGGUGGCCUUGCGCCUGCUGACCCAGGAGAGGGCCCACCAGCGCUUCCAGACCUACACGGCCCCCUCCCUCGCCCAGCAGUGACACCCACUCCCCUCUCCCACCGUGCAAUUAUAUCUAUUCUCCUUGUACAGGCCCCCCCAUCCCCCCCCCGCUCUGGGACCUCCUCUCCGCCGCUCUCCUCGCGGCCCUGUGCCUUGCUGCAAUAAACUGCAUUUUGGUGUAUCGCAGACCG